AUGCUACGAGCUGCUCGUCUAGCUCGCAGGUGGCCCUUCGGUGGAUCCUGGGCGCGAGUAUGCUGUCGGGCGUACCACGGGGAAGAGCGGGCGGAUCAGAUCGGCACCCCCCUGCAGCCGAACGACAAAGUCAGACGUAACACCGAGGAGAUGAAGCGACUCGUGCAGGACCUGCGCCACAUGGUGAAGACAAACGAGGCCGGAGGCAGCGAGCGGGAUCGAGAACGCCACUUGAGCCAGGGGAAGCUCCUCGUUAGAGAGCGCAUUAACCUCCUGCUGGACCCAGGCUCCCCGUUCCUCGAGCUGUCUCAGCUAGCCGGACACGAGCUUUACGAAGACGAUUCCGGGCAACCCGUACACGUUGCGGCCGGAGGCAUCGUAACGGGUGUUGGGAGAGUCUCUGGAGUCGAGUGCAUGGUCGUGGCAAACGACGCCACGGUCACGGCGGGGACCUACUACCCCAUCACCGUCAAGAAACACAUCCGAGCGCAGGAGAUCGCGCGCGAGAACCGCCUCCCUUGCAUCUACCUCGUGGACUCUGGCGGUGCCAUGCUCCGCCGUCAGAAGGACGUGUUUCCGGACAGGGAUCACUUUGGCCGGAUCUUCUACAACCAGGCGACCAUGUCUUCGCUCGGCAUUCCUCAGGUGGCAGUGGUCCUGGGAUCCUGCACCGCCGGCGGGGCCUACGUCCCUGCAAUGGCAGACGAGAGCAUCAUUGUCGGAAACAGGGGAACCAUCUUCCUGGCAGGGCCCUCCACUGGUCAAAUCAGCAACCAAUGA